AUGCAGAAGGCAGACUACACAAAACAGAUGCACAAUUACAGUUACGACUAUGGCGUUCGGCCGACGUGUUGUUGCGGAGUGCAUGUUCAGGUAGGGAAUUUGCAUAAUUUAUGUAUAUUUUUUCGGGAUUUGAGUAUUACACGGUUGAGUGUGGCUUUUAUUUUAAAGAGUGGAAAAAAAUGAUUUUGCUAAAUUUCGAAAAUUUGAAUAUGCAAAUUUGAAUAUGCAAAUUUGAAAAUGUGGGUGUUCAAAUUUGAAUAUGCAAGUAUGAAAAUUUGAAUAUGCAAAUUUGAAAAUGUGGGUGUUCAAAUUUGAAUAUGCAAAUAUGAAAAUGUGGGUGUUCAAAUUUGAAUAUGCAAAUUUGAAAAUGGGGGUAUUCAAAUUUGAAUAUGCAAAUUUGAAAAUGUGGGUGUUCAAAUUUGAAUAUGCAAAUUUGAAAAUGUGGGUGUUCAAAUUUGAAUAUGCAAAUUUGAAAAUGUGGAUAUUCAAAUUUGAAUAUGCAAAUUUGAAAAUGGGGGUAUUCAAAUUUGAAUAUGCAAAUUUGAAAAUGUGGGUGUUCAAAUUUGAAUAUGCAAAUUUGAAAAUGUGGGUAUUCAAAUUUGAAUAUGCAAAUUUGAAAAUGUGGAUAUUCAAAUUUGAAUAUGCAAAUUUGAAAAUGUAGGUGUUCAAAUUUGAAUAUGCAAAUUUUCAAAUUUUCAUAUUCAAAUUUGAACAUGCAAAUUUAAAAAUUUGAAUAUUCAAAUUACUGAAUUUUAAUAUUUAAAAUUUUGAUUAUAAAAAUUUGCAUAUCAUAUUGUCCGGAAAAGAAUGAGCACUCUGUCGCAUCAAAAAUCGCAUCGCCGUCGUGAAGAUGAAGUGUGUCGCAGCAAAAUCAAGUUGCUCAUUAUUUUUCCGACAGAUUGGUUUCUUUUCUAUAUGCAAAUUUAACAACAAAAAAAUUUUUUAGUCGUUUCAGAUAAACAAAUUAUCUUUUUGCCUUGAUAUUUUUUAAUAUAAAAAUUUGAGAGCCUAAAAUAUUCAAAUUUAUACAAAUUAAUGCCGCAUUUUCAGACGGGCGCUCUAAUCAUCGGGGUGGUCGGAAUGCUCUCCGGAAUAGCUGCCAUCGCCUUCACCGCCUUCUACGGCAUGUACAUUCAAAUGGCGGCGGCGAUCAUCGGGUUCAUCUUGUACUUCUUGCUGGUUCUUGGUAUCAACUUCAAACUACCUCAUCUCUUCCUCCCAUUUUUGGUCAUAAACUUUGUUGGUGUUAUUCUAUACGGCUGCUUCUACAUUGGCUCGGUGCUCUACUUGUUGAUCGAGCUGAUCUCGUCGUUGAGCAACGACUACACGAGUCGGGAGGCAAUGCAUGGACGGAGUAAGUGGAUUCUUUUGUAAAGUGUCAUAAAAGAUAGGGAAAGUAAAAUCAGCACCAUUUUUAGUGUUUAUCGGUCAGGUCUUUUAUAAAAUUUGUAAAAAUUUAAAAAUUCUCAAAACUUUUUUUACGUGCGCUGUGCGAGAGUAAGGCGUGAUUCAGCAUCCUGCAAACGGUUUUUUGGCUGUCGCUUGCACCUUUUUUUCACAAUGCUAACGCCAAAAAUUGAUCCGGCGGCUUUCAGGAGGGGCUAUUAGCCUUUUUAUAGAGAGAAAAAAAGUCUGCUCACUUUCAAAAAACCGUAGUGUGAAGUGCUAAGCUUAUUUUUUAAAUCGAGUUUUAAAUAUCAGAGGUAGCGUAAUAUCAGUCUGUCGGGAAAAUAAUGAACACUGUCGCAUCUAAAAUCGCAUCGCCGCUGAGAAAAUGAAUUGUGUCGUGAGAAAAUAAAAUUUCUUUUCUCGGAGCGACAUAUUACUCAUUAUUUUCCCGACAAAAUUUUAUGCAAAUUUUUACAUAUUAAAAUUCAGUAAUUUGAAUAUUAAAACCAGAAAUUUGAAUAUUCACAUUUUCAAAUUUGCAUAUUCAAAUUUUCGAGAUCUCCAAGAUAACUCUUUCCACUUUUUAAAAUACUGUUUAAAAGUCACACUUAAUACCCAAGUUAAAAAAAUAUGCAAAUUUCCUAAAAAUUUUAAUGCUGACUAAAAAAUACAAAAUCAUCUUUUCAGUGAUCCGCUGGCUCACCUUCUUCCAAAUGGUGGUCAUCCUGCUGUGCCUCGUGGUCGGCAUGUGGUUCGAGACCGUCGUCUAUCGGGCCUUCCGCUUCCUGAAAGAGGACAUGCUCGAUCUGCCCAUUGCGCAGAGCAACGUGAUAUCGACGCACUUCUUGCAGCCCGCCACCUUCAAGAAGAGCCCGCCGGGACAGAUUGUGUGA